CCCGCUUGUCCCCCUCCCCGGCCCCCCCGGCGGAGGAUGGGAGCACGCGACAUGAUUGUGCGAUUUACGUACAGCACAUGCUAAUGCCUACUGCGUCUACCUCGAGAGGUUGUUAGGACGAGACAUGCAUCUUACAACAUCGCCGAUUGCGGUCGGACCACACGGGGAGAAGCUUGCUUCCAGCGAGGUACCUCUAUUAUUAGCCAGCCUAAUAGGGGCUGACUUUCUCACAAGUCUCUCUGACACGCUGCUCCCGAGACGACUUCUCCCUUCCACCUCCGCCUCCUUCUCCCUCCCUCCCCGAGAGCAGAUACGAUGUACGAUGAUAAACCUCCCAGGGGGCGGUCAAGGGUUGGAGACCGUUCUGCGUCUGCCGCUGACAUUGGCGGGCCGCACUCGGCGUCCGUUACGGUCGAAUGGGAGCACCGGAAACUUGUUCCCGCAUCCUUCCCCCCUCCCGCUCGGGGACAGUCGUGAUGAACCGUCACCGCUCUCGCGCCUGCGGUCGUGGCUCGUGAAAAAAAGGACUCGAAACGCCUCUCUCGGCGCCGAGGUAGCUGAUCUCACGGAUAACUGGGCCUGGCCACGUAGGGAGGGUAUACAUGCUCACACGAGUUACGGCCGCCUAGCGCGACAUCAUGAUACACGCGGAAGAGGGAAUACAUCUCAAAGAUCAUCUGAUUUAUUGAACCAUGUCAUCGUCGUAAGCAUCGUAAUCAUCCAAUCUAGGGUGCACCGGCCUAUCAGUAGCCGAGCCUAACCGGACGUCAUUACCUAGGGUGGUGGUGAGGAGUAAGGAGCGAGGAGGAGGAGGAGGAGGAUGAGGAGAGGGGAGAAGGAGGGGGAUGGGGGAGGAGGGGAUGGAGGGAAAGAUGGAAACCCAAAUCAUGAGGCAUGUCGAAAAGAGACCUGUGAAGAGCCCCCCUCCCCUAACCAGAGAACCGGUGACGAAGGAAAAAGAAAACUCAGACACAGAGAAUCUGACAAAAAAGUCCGAUAUCCAUCAACGCAAAACUCCUAGCCAACGCGCAGCCAGCAAUUUUUAUUCUAAACACGGGAUACCAUUCCUUCAUGUCCGUUUCCGGGGGAACCGGCGCCGGUACUUUGCUACUCCAACGCCGUAAGAGGUCAGUGCAAUGAGUGAGAGGGGGGACAGGAAAGGGGGAAGCUCGUCUCUACGAGAGCCAGUUGCCGCUCGUCCUCGCCGCCGGAGAAGCCGGGCCAUGGGCGGCGGCUAGUCCGAAGCUGAGCUUGGGUAUCUCGAUCUUGGGCGCCGGCUCCUCCUUCGGCUUGGCUUUGGCGCCGCCGCCGCCGCCGCCGCCGCCGCCUCCCGCCUGCUUCCUCGGGGGCUUGGGUUCGGCGGGCGGGCCGUACCGC